CCAGGAGCCCCACACCCAUCUUAAGGCAUCCCCGGUGGCUCCAUUCCAUUCCAGGGCUCUCAUCCAGCCCCAACCCAACUUUCAUGGACUCAGCACAUCGGUACCCCUCCCCAAACUUCUUACCCGAGUACUCCAGGUGGCCCCGCCAUAGGAGGCGCCCCUACAGUCCCUCCCCGACCUCUUGUAAUCGUUGCUCGGUGACCUAAGAACCCCGUUUUGCCACCUACUCCUCUGAGGUGCAGUUUUUGCCCAGCUUGCUUUUCUCUUCCUUUGGCUUCACCCUGUAUCCGCAUUCACCAUAUCCCGUCCUGGUCCUCAACCCCAGUCCCCAUGGUUCCAGAGCUCGGCCCUGUCAACAGUAGCACCCCAGCCUGGGGCCCCGGGCCACCGCCAGCCCCAGGGGGCAGUGGCUGGGUGGCCGCCGCGCUGUGCGUGGUCAUCGUGCUGACAGCAGCCGCCAAUUCGCUGCUGAUCGCGCUCAUCUGCACGCAGCCCGCGCUGCGCAACACGUCUAACUUCUUCCUGGUGUCGCUCUUCACGUCGGACCUGAUGGUGGGAUUGGUGGUGAUGCCCCCAGCUAUGCUGAACGCGCUGUAUGGGCGCUGGGUGCUAGCUCGCGGCCUCUGUCUGCUUUGGACUGCCUUCGACGUGAUGUGCUGCAGCGCCUCCAUUCUCAACCUCUGCCUCAUCAGCCUGGACCGCUACCUGCUCAUCCUCUCACCGCUGCGCUACAAGCUGCGCAUGACAGCCCCGCGUGCCCUGGCGCUCAUCCUGGGUGCCUGGAGCCUCGCCGCGCUGGCCUCCUUCCUGCCCCUCUUGCUGGGCUGGCAUGAACUGGGCAAAGCUCGAACACCUGCCCCGGGCCAGUGCCGCCUAUUGGCCAGCCUGCCUUAUGUCCUCGUGGCGUCCGGCGUCACCUUUUUCCUGCCUUCGGGUGCCAUCUGCUUCACCUACUGCAGGAUCCUGCUGGCUGCCCGCAAGCAGGCGGUGCAAGUAGCCUCGCUCACCACGGGCACGGCUACGGCUGGCCAGGCCUUGGAAACCUUGCAGGUGCCCAGGACACCACGCCCAGGGAUGGAGUCCGCGGACAGUAGGCGCCUGACCACCAAGCAUAGCAGGAAGGCCUUGAAGGCCAGCCUGACCCUGGGCAUCCUGCUGAGCAUGUUCUUUGUCACCUGGCUGCCCUUCUUUGUGGCCAGCAUAGCUCAGGCUGUGUGUGACUGCAUCUCUCCAGGCCUCUUCGAUGUCCUCACGUGGCUGGGGUACUGUAACAGCACCAUGAACCCUAUCAUCUAUCCGCUCUUCAUGCGGGACUUCAAGAGGGCCCUGGGCAGGUUCGUGCCGUGCAUCCACUGUCUCCCGGAGCACCGGGCCAGCCCCGCCUCCCCCUCCAUGUGGACCUCUCACAGUGGUGCCAGACCAGGCCUCAGCCUGCAGCAGGUGCUGCCCUUGCCUCUGCCGCCCAACUCAGAUUCGGACUCAGCUUCAGGGGGCACCUCGGGCCUGCAGCUCACAGCCCAGCUCCUGCUGCCCGGAGAGGCGACCCGGGACCCCCCGCCACCCACCAGGGCCACCACUGUGGUCAACUUCUUCGUCACAGACCCCGUGGAGCCCGAGAUACGGCAGCAUCCACUUGGUUCCCCCAUGAACUGACCAGGUCAAGAGCUGGCCAGCGGAGGCCAUGUUCCCAGAGGUCUCAGCCCGUUCUCCCUCAGAGCGGGAGGUCUCCUGAGAGCAUGCU